CAACUCACCCUUAAAUCGAGAGCUCAACUACCUCCGUCCUCACGAUGCCCUCGAGCGACGAAGCUUCCGAAUCAGGAGAACUCCGAUUGGGGAUGGAGGUGUACGGCAACAAGGAAGCGCCGCACAGAGACAACACGCAGAAGAUGUUGGUCGAGCUCAUCGCGCCUCCCGUCAGCGAGGAGGGGAAAAAGCCGGGGCUGGACUUGGUGGCCGUCCUGGACGUCAGCACGAGCAUGCGGGGCCACAAGCUCCAGAACCUCCAGGGCGCCAUGAACUACGUCAUCAAGAAGCUCGGGGUGAAGGACCGCCUCGCUAUCAUCCCCUUCGCUACGGCCGUCGAGAAGCACCGGUUCAAGCUGGCGCACAUGAGCAAAGACGCCAAGCACAAGGCGGCCAGCUUCGUCCAUGGCCUGGAGGCCCACGUCGGCACGAACAUCCACGCCGCGCUGGAGGCCGGCCUCAAGGUGCUUCACGAUCGCGCGCGCAAGGACGGCCGCGCCGCCGCGGUCUUCCUCAUGUCCGACGGGCAGCAGAACCGAGGCGAUGCUAGGACCGUUGCUGGCGUCGCCCAUGUCACCGUCGACACGUUUGGUUUCGGCUUCGAUCACGGCCCGCAAGUUCUCGAGGCGAUCGCCACCAAGAGCCUUGGAGGCACGUACCACUACGUUCGGGACGACCAUGGCGCCACCCUGACGACAUCCUUCUCGCAGCCCCUGGCCGGCCUCCGCUCGGUCGUCUUGCUGGACCUGAAGCUCACCCUGAGGAGAGGAGAGUCGACCAUACGAAAGGUGGAAGCCGGCAAAUACCCGCAGAAGAAGCACGCCGACGGCUCCGUCACCGUCGAAUUCGGCCAUCUCUACCGUGACGAGAUCCGCAAGGUCUUGGUGUUCCUCCAUCUCCCCGCCGUCCACCAUGACCACGAGGCUACCGUUAUGAGAGCCGAAGCCGUGUACAGUAUCCCGGGGCAUGGAAAAGUUACAGCUGAGCCUAGGGAAUUUUAUAUGUACCGCAAGGGAAGACUAGACGGGUACCCUUUUGGGCAUAUUCAGCGGGUGAGCAUCGAGCAGGUCCGCCACGACCACGUCACAGCAGCAUAA